GUAAAAAUCCCUACAGAAGUAUUUGUCCAAAUCUCUAAAUUGGGCUUUAACGACCCGAGCCCCAAAAAUUCGCCGGGAAAAUUGCGAUCAGUCGGCGCCGGAAAAUGCCUCCACAGUUUCCGACUGCUAUUUCUUCCGAUUCUGAUGUACCUACACGAAACCCAUUCGAGUACUUCACUGAUUCCGUCACUUUUCCUGAUUUUCGUACGGCGUUCUGUCUCUUCAUCUGAUUAGGGCCUUUGAAUUUCGUCAUGAGUUGCUCACGGAUUCGUAAAGAAUCCGAAAAGCCGAACCUAAAUUGGGAAGAGGCAUUGAGGCAGUAUCAAAAUGUUAUGGCUUCAGAAUCCGAGGCUGUUAAAGUGAAAGCCACAGUCAAAUUGGCUAAUCUCUCUCAAUGUGCCCCGGAGAAUAUCUUGAACAGCACUAUACCCAUUAUCGCUAAGCAUCUUGGAGAUAACCCCAUCACUAAUUCGAGCCAGUCCAUGCAAGGAGCUGCAGCAUAUUGUCUAAGACGCAUAUCUUGUCGAGGUGAUGAUGGUACGUUAGCCAUGGCGGUAGGUAAUUCCGGCGCUUUAGAGUCUUUGCUGAGGUUGUUGCCAUAUUCUAACGGUGGUUUCCGGAAGAUUCUAGUUAAAUGUGUUUGGAGUGUUGUUACUUUUGGUAAAACUAGUCGUGUGAUUAUAGCUAGGAAUGGGGGUUUGGAAGUUAUUAUUGGUAUGUUGGAUUCUGUGAUUGAUGCUUCUAGAAGAUAUUUAUUGGAGAUUUUGAGUGCAUUGGCACUAUUGAGAGAGGUUAGGAAGGCCCUUAUAAGUUUAAGAGGCCUCCCCUUUCUUGUGGAAGCUGCUAGAUGCGGCUGCUUGGCCUCCAGAGAAAGAGCUUGCCAAGCAAUUGGGUUACUUGCAAUUACAAAGCGUGGAAGACGCAUGCUUUUUGAGCUGGGAGUGGUGCCGGUGCUUAUCGAGCUAUUUCGUGGAGGGGAUUGCACAACAAAACUUGUAGCAGGUAAUUCCCUGGGAAUAGUUUCAGCUCAUGUAGCCUACAUUAGGCCCGUUGCACAAGCUGGGGCUAUCCCUUUGUUUGCUGAUCUUCUUCAGUGGCCUAACCACCCUAUUGGUAAGGAGAUUGCUGAGGACGUCUUCUGUCUCUUAGCUGUUGCUGAGGAGAAUGCAGUUGUAAUUUCUGAUCAUUUAGUGAGAAUUCUUAAAGAAGGUGAUGAUGAAGCAAAGGCUGCAGCUGCUGACGUUUUGUGGGAUCUUUCAGGGUAUAAGUACUCCAUAUCAACAGCACAUAAUUCAGGUGCCAUUCCAGUUAUGGUGGAUCUAUUACAGGACAGGAAUAAUGAAGUGAGGGAAAAAGUCUCUGGAGCUAUAGCCCAAUUAAGUUAUAAUGAGAUUGAUAGGGCUGCACUUGCUGAUGCAGGGGCAAUUGAACGAUUAAUCGAACUGUUGCAAGAUGAGUUAGAAGAGCUGAAAGAUAAUGCUGCUGAGGCCCUUAUAAAUUUUUCUGAAGACCUCUUUUACUGUGGUAGAGUAUCUGAAGCAGUCAGCACUCCUGCUUUCCGGAAUAUGCAGGAAAGAAUGACCCAUAUUCGCACUACUGAACAGCACAGUAUGAGGUCCCUGCGUCAAAUGGGAAUUGACCAACUUACAAGGGAUCCAGAUCUGUAACUUUCUCCUGUGCUUUUGUUAGAUCGCCAUCCCUCGAGUUAAAAGGAAAAACAAUAUCCAUGAAAAGGAAAGAAGAAAAGCAGCCAUGGCACCAUAACUAAACUACUGCCAUCUUCAGAAAGGUUUUCUGUUUGGAUUUUGGUUUGUGUUUGCAGGUCUGUGACUCCAUCCGAUCCCGAGGCGUUUUUACUGUAACACAACUACUUGUUUGGCCGUCCCCCCACAUCAGUGGCAGCAGAGCAGCUGAGGAGAUGUGAAUAUAAUAUGCCAUGGAAGUAGCUGCCACAGCCUCCAAUGGCAUCCUAGGAGGAGUCGUACACACACAGCAUGCAGUGCCCAAAUCUGCACUGUUUCAUCAGCUAAGCUUCUUUCCACACACAUAUCCUAUUCUCAUUCUUUUUAAUUAUAUGUGACAUGAUAGCAACUCCAUGUUUAGAUCUCCAGUGAAGAGAGAGAAGGAAAUCUAUUACUUUUAUUCUCCUAUGUUUUUUUCCUCCGAUCUCAACUAAUACGAAGGAAUAGUUGCUUGACCCUACAAUAUUUUAUAGUUUAGAAACUCAUAGUAUAUUAACAUCUUACAGUGGUUUGAAUCA